AAAAAAUGACGGCAUAUUGUCAAACUAACGAUGGGCUUUAUAACUUCUGUUGUCAUUGUCAGUUUUCUGGCGAUUGUUGGAGUCACUGCCGAGUUAAUAGCUGUUGUACAGGUAGUUCGACAUGGUCAACGGACGCCGGUUAGAUUCUUUCCCACAAACAAAUAUUCUGAUAUGUCGUAUUGGGGAAACCUUGGUCCAGGACAACUAACAAAUGAAGGCAAACGUCAACAUUAUGAACUGGGUCAAUACACACGAAAAAGAUAUUCAAAUUUCCUUCCACAUAAAUAUAAUGGAUCCAGUUUCUAUGCUUACACAACAGAUGUUGAAAGGACCCACAUGUCAGCACAAUGCAAUGUUUAUUCCCUCUUUCCAGCAUUUGAGGAGCAGGUAUGGCGUAGAAAUGUAAACUGGCAACCAAUUCCUAUUCAUCCCAUCAGCAGAGAUGAUUUUUCUGGGGAACCCGCUUGCCCAAACUUUCAUGUACUUAGGGCUACUAUUUUAGAUGAUGAUUUAUCACAAUCAAUAGAUGCAAAAUAUGCAGCAGUAUACAAAUACAUAAACAAAUACUCUGGAUUAAACAUAAAAAGUUUCAACGACAUUCAUCCUAUUUUUGAUGAUUUUAAAAUUCAAGUUGACGUAGGACUUCCUCUUCCAGAUUGGGCUAAAGCUGUCUAUCCUGAACCUAUUACGUCUAUUGCAGGAUGGUUUUUUGAAUCCUACUCCAGAACAUACCAGAUGAAAAGAUUUACAACAGGAAGAUUUUUAAAUAAUAUCGUAGAAUAUUUUGAAAAUAUGUCGGAAAAUUGCAGCUACUCUCAAAAAUACCAAUUUUAUAGUGGUCAUGAUCUCAACAUCGCCUCAAUUUUAAACUCUUUUGGAGCAUUCAACCCACCCUACCCACCACAAUUUGCGAGUGCAAUAUAUAUGGAGCUUCAUGAGGAAAAUUGGCAACAUUUUGUAAAAGUGUUCAGCAAAGACGGAAAUAACAUAAAACAAAUUAGUGUUAAUGGAUGUACAUUAAACUGCCCUUUAUACGAGUUGAGGCAAGUUUUGAGUGAGGUGUUAAUUGAUAAAGAUACUCUUGAUGAAGAAUGCAGACAGAUCGAAGAAGUCAGUGAAUUGUCGCAGCGAUCUUUGAAAUUUUCAGCGGAAAGUCUUAAAGCCAAUAGCUUUUUGACGUAA